GCCUGGGUGAGCGACCGGCAGAGGAGCCAGACGAGGCGGCGGUUUGGCAGCCGGCCCGUGGAGACGACGACGCCCGACAGCUCCGUCCGCUGUUCGACCUCGAUACGGGCCGCAAUCCCGACCGCCCGAAUCGACGCCACGCCGCUUCCUGCCCCUGCCCGCGCCGGAAAAGGAAAUACUCUCUAAAUGACAGGCUCCGUAAUCGUUAGCGAUCCGAGUCUGAUUUCGCCAUCACGCGUCCCAGGCUCCAUAAAUUCCAGGGAUCCUCCUUAUGGCGGUUUCGGCGACUGAGAUUUUGCAGCAUCCGCUAGAGGAGUAGGUCCAGAGGAUUCGAGCAGAUCUGCCUUGCCCGAUCCUUGGGGGAGAUCAUGGCCGUGAUAAAGGUGCGAAUGAGCAAACUCCGCAAGGCAAAGAGUGUUGAGGACAGCAGGCACAAGAGUGCCAGUCGCGAGCCAAAGGAAGGCCAGAGCAGCAACCCAAAGAGGGCCAAUGGCGAGGCACCAGUUGAGCCUCAGCAGAGGGAAGUUUGUGCAUUUUGCGACGAUGGUGGUGAAUUAAUCUGCUGUGAUGGUGGAUGUCUGAGAUCCUUCCACCCAACCAAAGAACAUGGUGAAAGAUCUAUGUGCACAACCCUUGGGCUAAAUGAAGCAAAGUGGCAAAAGCAUAAAGCACUAGGGGAAAAGGGGUUAUAUUUCUGUGAGAACUGCAAGCAUAAGCAGCAUCAAUGUUUUGCUUGUGGAUUAUUGGGGUCUUCAAACUUAACAGCAGGUCCUGAGGUAUUCCAAUGUAAGGAGCAAAAGUGUGGGCACUUUUACCACCCGGGAUGUGUUGCUAAAAUACUCUACCCUGAUAACAAAGCCAAGGCAACAUGUUUUGAGCAAUGUGUUGCUGGUGGACUGGAAUUCAGUUGUCCCGUGCAUAAAUGUAAGCGGUGUAAGGAAGCAGAGAACAAGCAUGACAAGGAAAUGCAAUUCGCAGUAUGCAGGCGCUGUCCAACUGUAUACCACCGGAAGUGCUUGCCAAGGGAUAUUUCCUUGAUAGAGGACGAGGAAGAGGCUACUCCGCAAAGGGCAUGGGAUGGCAUUCUACCUGAUCAAAUUUUAAUCUACUGCGGGAAGCAUGAGAUUCAAGAAGAGCUGGGAACUCCCAAGAGGGACCAUAUUGUCUUUCCAGAUGUGAGAAAUCCUGGUGCAGCAGAAAGGCAUAGAGGUGCACCUCAGAGGCACGAUAUACCCGACGAAGACGAGCUACUCGACCGCCUAGCGUCCUGCAAUCCAUCUCAGUCCCCUCAGCCGGCAGAAACAGACCGCAGUAGGGUGAAGCCCAUCGAUUCAUUUGCGCCGAAGCACUUGUUCCCGCGUCCACAUCCAGGCUCCUGCGGUUGGCUUGAUGACUGAUGAUCCAUUCCUUGUCUCCCACCUUGCCGUGUAGAGAAAACCAUCGGUCACAGGCUCCCUCUUAUACAUUUCAUGUCAUCUCGAGAAGAACAAGAGGAAAUGUUAUGCAGCCCCUUGUUAAGCUUAAUACGUACUCCCUCCGUUCUAUUUUGAAACGGAGGGAGUAUGUCAUUUCCACUAUUUGGUUGGCUAGACACACUGUAUAACAUGACAAUUCGCUAAAUAAACAUUCCGUUUACGAGGAAA